UUCCCAGAAUCCAAGAUGGCGGGAUCCAGGCAAUGGGGUCCCCAGGCCAGAGUUCAGCCUCUUUUCUGCGCCGUGCUGCUGUCGCUUAGUCGCUUCGCCGGGAGCGACGGCAUGGGAGGCGACCCUGCGGCCGCUGGUGCCGCGGGCACGGCGGCCGCGUCGCCACACCGCCGUUUCGAGUACAAAUACAGCUUCAAGGGACCGCACCUGGUGCAGAGCGACGGGACGGUGCCCUUCUGGGCCCACGCGGGGAAUGCUAUUCCAAGUUCAGAUCAAAUUCGAAUAGCACCAUCUUUAAAAAGCCAAAGAGGAUCGGUGUGGACAAAGACAAAAGCAGCCUUUGAGAACUGGGAAGUUGAGGUGACAUUUCGAGUGACUGGAAGAGGUCGAAUUGGAGCUGAUGGCCUGGCAGUUUGGUAUACAGAAAAUCAAGGCUUGGAGGGUCCUGUGUUUGGAUCAGCUGAUAUGUGGAAUGGUGUUGGAAUAUUCUUUGAUUCUUUCGACAAUGACGGAAAGAAAAAUAAUCCUGCUAUAGUAAUUAUAGGCAACAAUGGACAAAUCCAUUAUGACCAUCAAAAUGAUGGUAUUAAUCAAGCUUUAGCAAGUUGCCAGAGAGACUUUCGUAAUAAACCCUAUCCUGUCCGCGCAAAGAUUACAUAUUACCAGAAAACACUGAUGGUAAUGAUCAAUAAUGGCUUCACACCAGAUAAAAAUGACUAUGAAUUUUGCGCCAGAGUGGACAAUAUGGUUAUCCCUCCUCAAGGGCAUUUUGGAAUAUCUGCUGCAACUGGAGGUCUUGCAGAUGACCAUGAUGUCCUUUCUUUUCUGACUUUCCAAUUGACUGAGCCUGGGAAAGAGCUGCCUACCCCAGAUAAAGAAAUUUCAGAAAAAGAAAAAGAAAAGUAUCAGGAAGAAUUUGAGCACUUUCAACAAGAAUUGGAUAAAAAAAAGGAGGAAUUCCAGAAGGGCCACCCUGACCUUCAGGGGCAUCCUGCGGAUGAAAUAUUUGAGAGUGUAGGAGACCGCGAGCUGAGACAAAUCUUUGAAGGACAGAAUCGUAUCCAUCUUGAAAUCAAGCAGCUGAACCGACAGUUAGAUAUGAUUCUUGAUGAACAGAGGAGAUACGUCUCUUCCUUGACAGAGGAGAUCGCUAAAAGAGGAUCAGGAGUCCCAGGGCAGCAGGGACAGAUCACCCAACAAGAGCUGGAUACUGUUGUGAACACUCAGCACGAGAUCCUGAGACAAGUAAAUGAAAUGAAGAAUUCCAUGAGUGAAACUGUCAGGCUGGUCAGUGGCAUACAGCAUCCUGGAUCUGCAGGGGGAGUUUAUGAGUCAACCCAGCACUUCAACGACAUCAAAGAGCACCUUCACAUCGUGAAGCGGGACAUAGACAACUUAGUGCAGCGAAACAUGCCAUCAAAUGAAAGACCAAAAUGCCCGGAACUGCCCCCGUUUCCAUCAUGUUUAUCUACGAUGCACUUCGUUAUAUUUGUAGUGAUACAAACAGUGUUAUUCAUUGGUUAUAUCAUGUAUAGGACUCAGCAAGAAGCAGCUGCCAAAAAAUUCUUUUGACCACCAUUUUCAUAUGUGUACAUCAUGUAUGUAUGUACAGAAUGUCUUUUUGAGGGAACUUAAGUAUUUAAAUUGCUUCAUAGUCUAAAUUAUUAAAUUUUGUAUAAAAUGUUUAAACAUUGAUUUGCAGUAAGAAUAAACCUUAAAACAAAGACAA